AUGGUGUCGAUGGUAGAACAGUUGAUGGCCAACGGCUACGCCUACGAGACCGGCGGAAAUGUCUAUUUCGAUGUACCCCAGUUUUCCAAGUACGGCGGGCUGUCCCGCAACGUCGGGGGCAAUUUGCUGGAAGGCGUACGGGCUGAAGCCGACCCUCUAAAGCGCGACCCGAGAGACUUUACUCUUUGGAAGGCAGCUGAACCGGGUCGGGACGUGAAGUGGGACAGUCCCUGGGGCGAAGGCUUCCCAGGCUGGCACAUAGAGUGUUCCGCCAUGGCGCACAAAUACCUGGGGGAGCGUUUCGAUAUUCACACCGGCGGCGUGGACAACGUCUUCCCUCAUCACGAGGACGAAAUUGCCCAGAGCGAGGGCGCUUUCGGCGACGUUCAUGUCAACUACUGGGUUCACGGCCAACACCUGUUGGCUGACGGGGCCAAGAUGGCCAAGUCGUCGGGUAACGUGUUCAUGCUGGACGAUCUGGUGUCCCGGGGUAUUGACCCCCUGUCAUUCCGCUACCUCUGCAUGACCGUGCGUUACCGGCACAGGAUGAACUUCACCUUCAAUUCCCUCAAGGCCAGCGAAAAAGGCUCUUUCAAACCUAAGGAACCGCAUUUGGGAGUGGGGGAAUUUGCCCGAUUUGUCCGAACUGCCACCCGAAACCGAAGAAUGGCGGGAAAAGUUUUGGAAUGCCGUGAACAACGACCUUGA